AUGGCUACCCCCAGAAAAGAAAACAAGAAUCUCCACGCGGUGGUGGAUAUGGGAAGCAAUGGAAUCCGAUUCUCCAUAACUGACCUAUCUCAGCAAACAGCGCGCAUCAUGCCCAGUGUCUUCCAUGAGCGGGCAGGCAUUUCUCUCUAUGAUGCGCAGUUCUCAAAUCCAGACGGGAUCCGUGGGCCUAUCCCAGAAGACGUAGUAGAUGCUGUCGUGACAAGGCUACGUCGGUUCAAAGCCACAUGUGAGGAUUUUGGCGUGCCUUCGGAAAACAUCCAUGUUUUGGCCACGGAAGCUACGAGAACAGCACCAAAUUCUGUCGAAUUUCGGGCUAGGAUCAAGGAGUCGACGGGUUGGGAUGUUUCGCUUCUUUCGAAAGAGGAUGAAGGGCGCAUUGGCGCACUGGGAGUUGCCAGCAGCUUUGCCUCCGUUGAAGGUCUGGUAAUGGAUCUAGGAGGAGGGAGUACUCAAAUUACGUGGAUGAUCGCAAAGAAUGGAACCGUGACGACCAGUCCAAGGGGAUCGGUCAGCUUUCCUUACGGAGCGGCUGCGCUGACUAGACGGCUGGCAGAGGCGCGGAAGAAUGGCUCGAAGGCCGAGAAGGAAUUGAAGGAAGAGAUGCGGACGAAUUUCCAGAAUGCGUACAAAGAAUUACAGGUCCCAGAGAGUCUCUUGCGAUCAGCUGAAGCUGGGGGUGGGUUUGACUUGUAUCUGUGUGGCGGAGGCUUCAGAGGCUGGGGAUACCUUCUCAUGAGUGAAUCGAGAGUUGACCCUUAUCCAAUCCCUAUCAUCAAUGGGUUCAGGGUCAGCCGGUCUGACUUUUACGAUACGCUCUCGGUUCUGGAUACCAUCCAGAAAUCAGAACAGAAGAUCUUCCGCGUUUCGAAGCGACGAGCUUCCCAGGUCCCUGCGGUUGCGUUGUUGGUCAACGUCCUUGCAGAAGCCCUGCCAGUCAUCAAGGGUAUCCAGUUCUGCCAGGGAGGAGUGUGUGAGGGUUUCCUGUUUGACAGGUUGCCGCAAGAGAUACGCACACACGAUCCCCUUGUAGUGGCCACGGCUCCAUAUGCAUCUGCAUCUGCAAAAGCAAUCGCCAAGCUCCUCACUGAUGCUCUGCCGCCUACGCAUUCUCCUAUAUCAUCACUACGCGCACCCGGUUCAUUCACUGCCGGUCUUAUUACUGCUCUAGCAAAUAUCCUCUUCGUCCACUCUUCCAUCCCCAAGGAGUCGAGACCCGCAGCGGCACUAUAUAGCACAACAACUGGAAUCCUCGCCUCGGCAAAUAACCUAGCCCAUGUCGACCGCGCUAUGCUUGCUUUGAUACUCUGCGAGCGCUGGAAUGGCGAUCUCUCUCCCGCAGAACAAUCCCUACGUGAGCGUUUCUGCCAAUUAAUCACCCCACAGGAGGCUUGGUGGUGUCAGUACCUAGGACGAGUGGCUACUUUGAUCGGAGACGUGUAUCCCGCAGGCGUGGUUUCUGACACAAAUUGGCGGAUUCGGAUCACAAAUACCUGGCAGCAUGUCGAUAAGAAGAAAGGCAGAGAGGACCUAUUAUCUCUAGCCAUCGCUGUCAAUCCGUCCGCCGGCGCCGUGGUUUCCAAAGACGUCUUUGAGGAUACGAUCGAGAGGAUCGAGAAGGCCGGGAAAAAGAAGAACUGGGCCCAUGCCACGAGCAAGAAAGAGGAAGACUAUGGUGUUCGUGUUGCAGUCGAAUUUGGGAAAUGA